AUGGCAUCAAAACCCAUUGAACUGGCAGCCCUAGGAAGACCUCUGUUUCCUGCUAUGCUGUAUGACUGCCGCGAGGAUUCCUUCAUUCCAGGUGUUACUCUGUGGGAUAGUAAAUCACUGAGUGAAGAUUUGGACACUCAUCCACAGCUCAUGACAUAUUUGAAGUUCAGUAGCUCUGACUCUCUCUCUAGUAAGUCCAGUCUCCUGAAUGUAAGUGCUUCACUGAAGGCCAGCUUUUUGGGGGGGCUGGUGGAGGUGGGAGGAUCUGCCAAGUACCUGUGUAACACCAAAUCCUCCAACCAACAGUCCAGAGUAACAAUGCAUUACAGUGAAACCUCAAGAUUCGAUCAACUCACUAUGACUCAGCUGGGCCAGAUCACCUACCCUCAGGUGUUUGAGCAGAAAACUGCAACUCAUGUGGUCACGGCUGUGCUGUACGGAGCUCAGGCCUUCAUGGUGUUUGAUCGCUCAUUUGCAGAAGAUGAAAACAAGCAGGUCAUUGAGGGAGAAUUGAAUGUCAUGGUCAAGAAGUUCCCUACAUUUUCCAUUGAGGGAGAAGGAGCUGUAAAAAUGACAGAUGAGGAUAAUAAAAAGGCUGAGAAUAUCACCUGCACCUUUCAUGGUGAUGUCCAUCUCGAGCAGAAUUCCACCACGUACAUAGAGGCCCUAGAGGUGUACAAGAAGCUCCCCUCUCUGCUGAAGGAAAAUCCAGAGAAUGCAGUGCCAAUAAAAGUCUGGCUCUAUCCUCUAAGUUUACUGGAUACAAAAGCAGCUCGGUUGGAGAGAGAAAUCAGCACACGUUUGAUUUCCAACACUGAAGAUAUGAUGGAGGGGUUGAGGGAGGUAGAGAGGACAUGCAAUGACCUGUCCAGAAGAACAGAGGUAAAUGUUUUCAGUGACAUUAAAGCAAGGUUGCACUCAUUUCAUGAUUCAUUUAGCAUUUACAAGAUGGUGCUCCAGAAAGAACUGGCCAGGGUCUUGCCUGCCAUUCGAGGGGGAGGUAUGGACGAACAAUCCCUGGAAGACACCCUGAGGAUACACAGCAGCUCCCCUUUUAAUGCUGACUUACUUAACCAAUGGUUAGAUGAUGCAAAGUCUGAGCUUUACUUAUUGAAUAAUCACAGCAAGACACUGAAUGAGAUCAACAUUGAAGAUUCAGACGGGCUCAGUGGCAUCCUUCUUCAUCCUGAUAUUGAUGUAGUAUUGUGCCUGACCUUCACGUCUCUAAAAUAUAAAGACCCAUAUCUUUCAACCCUGACAGAGUUUCUAAAAUCUGACAAGUUUAAAGAGCUAGAUGCGAACAAAACCCUGCUUUCUGUGACAUCAGAUAGAAAGUGGUUCAAAGAUCCUGAUGUCAUUGCAAAGAUGAGAGAGAACUUACGUCUCUUCAAGAGAUUUUCAGAGGCCAAUAAAAAUGAGAAGAGUAUCCGAUUCAUUAUUUCUGCCAUCUCCAAUCCCUCCACUCCAGGCUCCUCCAUCUAUCUGUAUGAAAAUGGGAAAGUGACAGACACAAAGUUCCAGCCCAUGUCCAAGCCGUCCCCACCAGUAGUGAAGAAUGUCCUGCCGCAAACUGUGUCCCUGAAACUGCAGAAGUCCCCAACUGGAGAAAAAGUGAAGUACAGAGUGGAGUACAAGCAGGUGAAAGCAGAUUCUGGAGCUGAGGAAAAGUGGCUUGCUAUAGACACAGCUGAAGAUGACUUCACGCUGACUGAACUGGUGUCUGGAAAGCAGUACCUGAUCCGCUACAGGAUAGUGGGUAAAGUGGGAGCGAGUGAAGCCAGUGAGACUGUCAGUUCUACACUCUCUUCAAUCACCAACUGGACCAGGAACGACUUCCUACAAUGUAAGUCACAAGCAGAAUAACUUAAUCACAUAAAUGAUGAUUUGAAUAAUGACACACUCACAACACACUCUCUCUCACACAAACACACACACAC